CCCAGGCAUGUGCCCUUGACAGGAAUUGAACCUGGGACCCUUCAGUCUGCAGGACUACACUCUAUCCACUGAGCCAAACCAGCCAGGGGUGUGAAGGUGCUUUUUGAGUAAAGGUGCUUGCCUUUUGGGUCAGUUACUCCAUUUCUCUCUGUCUUUUCCAUGUUUAUGGAGGUGUACAUGUUAAGUUUUUAGGCAAGUUUGAAUGAGUUAGAGACUUAAGCUCUGCAAGCUACAGUUGGCGUAAAGGCACCACGUGCCAAAAUCCUGAAUUAAGAAACACUACCUGCUAUUCAGAAAGAGGGGGUCCUGAAGAAAGAUUGCAAAGCCAGCCAUGCAGGUGCAGGGGAAACAAACUUGCCCCAGACAUCACCUCCCCUGAAGGCACUAGAGGACCCUUAGUGUACUUGGUGUGUUCUUGGGCUAUUUCCCCUAAAUCCACUCCUGGAGUCAAAUGAGAAAUAUGGGAAUUCUGGCCUCUAAGUAAGAGACUGCAUUACCCACAAGGCGACGCGUGGAAUGGCACCAGGCUGAGCCAAUAGAGACUCUGAAAAGGCAUUUCCGUUUGGUCACUUCCGGGGGCGAGACAAUGGUCAUCGUGGCGGGAUUUGGCAUUUCAGGUCGUUGUCUGAGUCCGCCAGGUUUUCUUAGUCACACCCUCCCUUGGAGAAGGUUGCAGAGUGGUGUUCCCCGCAUCACAGCCUGUGGUGGGAGCCUCCCGUGGUGCUCACCGCUCACACGUGGGAUUGAAGCUCGGAGUCACCGCCCGGACCCAUUUCAGGGCCGGGACAGGCCCCGCUAUUCCUGCCGCGGCUUCCGCUAACGCCGCCCCCGCCCCGCGCGGCCCACAGAGCGAGAUGGCGGCGCCCGCGCUGUGGAGCUUCGCUGAGGUUGGAGUGACCUUGGAGGACAUUGCCCUGUACUUCUCCAGGGAGGAAUGGAGCCUCCUUGAUGAGGGUCAGAGACAGCUGUACCUGAAUGUGAUGCUGGAGAACUAUGAACUUGUAUCCUCACUGGGUUGCUGCUGUGGACUAGAGAAUGUGGAGGCCCAGACUGAACAGAAGGUUUCUGUAAGAAUGUCACAGGCAAGGAAUCCCAAGGUAGCCUUGUCUUCUCAGAAGAGCCACCCCUGUGAGAGCUGUGGGCUCAUAUUGGGAAACAUUUUGCACAUGACUGAGCUGCAGGGAAAUCAGUACAGACGGAUACUGUUGAGAUGUGGGGCAUGUGCAAAACGAUUUUAUUUCAGUGCAAAAUUUCACCAGCAGCAUGUGAGAGAGAAUACUUUAAUUAGAGAUAUGGAAAGGAUCCCACUUGCAAACGACUGCAAUUUCAAUGUGUUUCAGAAUCGUUUUACAUCCGGGGAGGUUGGACAGAGUUGUCACACUGGCGAAAAGUCUUAUAAAUGCAGUGAAUGUGGAAACUCUUUUAAAAGUAGAAAUGGUCUCCGAUAUCAUCAGAAAGUUCACAUUGGAGAAAAGCCUCAUCAAUCCAGUGAAUGUGGAAUAUCUUUUAUCUCCAAGACUGUACUUCAUCAACAUCAGAGAGUUCAUCUGGGAGAUAAGCCUUAUAAAUGCAGUGAAUGUGGAAAAUCCUUUGCAGGGAGCAAUGCUCUCCAGUAUCAUCAGAGAGUUCACACUGGAGAAAAGCCUUAUAAAUGCAGUGAAUGUGGAAAAUGUUUUGCAGGGAGCAAUGAUCUCCAAUAUCAUCAUAGGAUUCACACUGGAGAAAAGCCUUAUAAAUGCAGUGAAUGUGCGAAAUCUUUUACAAGGAGUACUGGUCUCAAAUUUCAUCAGAGAGUUCACACUGGAGAAAAGCCUUAUGAAUGCAGUGAAUGUGGAAAAUCUUUUACCUGGAGCAGUACUCUCCAAUAUCAUCAGAGAGUUCACACCGGAGAAAAGCCUUACAAAUGCAAUAAAUGUGGAAAAUCUUUUACAGGGAGUAAAGGUCUGCAAUAUCAUCAGAAUGUUCACACUGGAGAAAAGCCUUAUAAAUGCAGUGAAUGUGGGAAAUCUUUUACUCAGGCAACUGCCCUUCGUUAUCAUCAGAGAGUUCAUACAGGAGAAAAGCCUUAUCAGUGCAGUGAAUGUGGGAAAUCUUUUACACAUAGCAGUAGUCUCCUAUAUCAUCAUAGAGUUCACACUGGAGAAAAGCCUUAUCAGUGCAGUGAAUGUGGUAAAUCUUUUUCCCAUAUUAGUCAACUUCAUCGUCAUCGGAGAAUUCAUACAGGAGAGAAGCCUUAUAAAUGCAGUGAAUGUGGAAAAUCUUUUAAUCGGAGCAAUACCCUUCAUUCUCAUCACAGAGUUCACUCUGGAGAAAAGCCUUAUCAGUGCAGUGAAUGUGGAAAAUGUCUUUCCUCUAAACGCAACCUUCGUCAACAUCAGAGAGUUCAUACAGGAGAAAAGCCUUAUCAAUGCAGUGAAUGUGAGAAAUCUUUUAGAAAUAGCAGUGAUCUCUACUAUCAUCAGGCAGUUCACACUGGAGAAAAGCCUUAUAAAUGCACUGACUGUGGAAAAUGUUUUUCAAGGAGCUCUGGUCUCCAAUACCAUCAGAAUGUUCACAAUGGAAAAAAGCCUUAUCAAUGCAGUGAAUGUGAGAAAUCUUUUAGAAGUAUCACUGGUUUCCACCAUCAUCAGAGACUUCACACUGGAGAAAAGCCUUAUAAAUGCACUGAAUGUGGAAAAUCUUUUACAAGUAGAAAUGCUCUCAAAUAUCAUCAGAGAGUUCACACUGGAGAAAAGCCUUAUCAAUGCAGUGAAUGUGAGAAAUCUUUUAGAAGUGUUCCUGGUCUCCACUCUCAUCAGAGAAUGCACACUGGAGAAAAGCCUUAUGAAUGCAAAAAUUGUGGGAAAUCUUUUUACGCCAAGCAUAUUCUUAAUCAACAUCAGAGAGUUCAUACAGGUGAAAAGCCUUAUAAAUGCAGUGAAUGUGGAAAAUCUUUUAAACGUAGAAAUGCUCUCAAAUAUCAUCAGAGACUGCAUACAGGAGAAAAGCCUUAUCAAUGCAGUGAAUGUGGGAAAUCUUUUAUAAGUAGCAAUGAUCUCCACUGCCAUCAGAGAGUUCACACUGGAGAAAAGCCUUAUAAAUGCACUGAAUGUGGAAAGUCCUUUGCAAGGAGCAGUGGUUUCCGAUAUCAUCAGAGUGUUCACACUGGAAAAAUGCCGUAUAAAUGCAGUGAAUGUGGAAAAUGUUUUACCUCGAGCAGUGGGUUCCGAUAUCAUCAAAGAGUACACACUGGAAUAAAGCCUUAUAAAUGCAAAGAGUGUGGGAAAUCUUUUAAAGCUAAGAACAUUCUUCAUCAACAUCAGAGAGUUCAUACUGGAGAAAAGCCUUAUAAAUGCAGUGAAUGUGGAAAAUCUUUUUCAGGGAAUAAUAGUCUCCAGUAUCAUCAGAGACUUCAUACAGGAGAAAAGCCUUAUCAAUGCAGUGAAUGUGAGAAAUCCUUUAGAAGUGUCCAUGGUCUAAACUCUCAUCAGAGAGUUCACACUGGAGAAAAGCCUUAUAAUUGCACUGAAUGUGGAAAAUCUUUUACCUGGAGCAGUGCUCUCCGAAAUCAUCACAGGAGUCACACUGGAGUACAGCCUUAUAAAUGCAGUGAAUGUGGGAAAUCUUUUUCAAGUAACAAUGGAUUCCAAUAUCAUCAGAGAAUUCACACUGGAGAAAAAGCCAUAACAGUGCAGUGAAUGUGGGAAAUCUUAUACCCAGACAACUGUCCUUUGUUAUCAUCAGAGACUUUUCUACUUCUAUCACAGUAGAAAAGCCCUAUCAAUGCAGUGAAUAUUCCACAUUUUUCCACUAUCAGAGAGUUCACACUGGAGAAAAGCCUUAUAAAUGCACUGAAUGUGGAAAAUCUUUUACAAGAAUCAGUAGUUUCCAAUAUUAUCAAAAAGUACACAUUGGAGAAAAGCCUUUUCAAUGCAAUGAAUGUGGAAAGUCCUUUACCCAGAGCAGUCAUCUUCAUAAACAUUGCAGACUUCAUACAGAAGAAACGCCUUAUAAAUGAAAUGAAUGUGGGAAAUCUUUUCCCUCUAAGAACAUCCUUCAACAUCAGAGAGUUCGUGCAGGAGAAAAGCUUUAUAAAUGCAGUAAAUGAAAUCUUAUACAAGUAGCAGUGAUCUCUAAUAUCAGAGAGUUCACACUAGAGAAAGUCAUUAUGAGUGCAAUUAAUGUGAGAUAUCUCUCUGCCAAAUUUCUUAAUUUACUCUUCUCAUGAGUGUAAAAAUGUGAGAAAUUUCUUAGAUGUGUAGAAAAUGUAAUUCAGUUAGAACUUUCCAAUAGAAAAGGAAAAUUUGUGAAUCCUCAUUUUUCUGAAUUGUAUCUCAUACAUUUAAUCACAUGUUAUGUAAAGUUCCCAAUAGUGUUUUUGCUGUUGUGUUUGUUUUUAUGUUGGAAUACUAUCUAAUUAUGUUGCACUUUCUAACACAGAGAUGUCCAUCCUGAUCUGUCAUAUUAUAUUUCUGCUGAAGAAGGUUUUUCACCCAAACCUCCUUAAACGUCCCUACUGAUGGCAUCAAUCAGCAUCCUCAUGUACCCAGGAGUGCUGACUCUGUUGUCUAAUUUGUUGAAGAAAAUUAAGAAUACCUGAGACCUUAUUUCUUAUUUCCCUGUCAUGAGUUGCCACAUAGAAGAAUUCCUAUUUUCAUAGACACACUCUCUCUAGAUGCUAAUGAUGAAUUUAUUGAGUUUCUAACUCAUCAAUGGGAUAACUGCCAGUCUCCGGUUUCUUUCUGUGUGAAAUAAUGAGCGAUUUUCCCUAAGACUUCUGAAAUCUUUUUUUUUUUAAUCUUUAUUUUUCAGAUUAUUACCAUUGUUCCUCACCUCUAUCCCCCUUCACCCCCCACAUAGCUUCCCUCCACUUGAUUCCCAACCCAUCCUCGGCCCUCACCUACCUCCCAAUUUCCUCAUUCAUAGGUGUAUGAUUUUUAUCCAGUCUCUUGCAGCACUACCCACACUCUUUCUCCCCCCACCCCAAGAACUCUCAGUUGACUCCCUUUCUAUUCCCCUGAUUCAAUUAUAUUUAUCAGUUUAUUCUGUUCAUCAGAUUUUUAAUUCACUUUAUUUUUUUAUUUUUAAAAAAAUAUAUUUUAUUGAUUUUACACGGAGAGGAACUGAG